AUGAGCGACUUCUAUUGUAACGAGUCCUUCCAGUAUCAUCCUUCCAACGUCGAUUUCAAAGAACUUAGGUCAACUAUCAUGGCCAACUUAAUCUUCAACAGUUUUCUGACUUAUACCGCCGUUAUGUUGAAUAUUGUGACAAUCUACGCAUUGCACAAAGCUUCGACGAUUGCAAAACCUUUAAAAACGCUUCUUCUGCACCUCGCCUUUUCUGAUGUGGCGGUCGGUUUAUUUGGUCAACCACUUUAUAUUUCACUUCUUGUCAAGUGGUUACAAAUAGAGACUCCUAGCUGUGACAUUUACCUAAUGCUGAGUAUUUAUGGCUAUUUAUGUACAGGUGCUUCGUUCCUAGGUAUGGUGGCUGUAAGUAUGGAAAGGUUCUUAGCUGUUCAUCUUCACCUCAGAUACCAAGAGCUUGUGACUCACAAGCGCGUUGUUACUGUGGUGAUCUCAAUAUGGGUAUUCAGUGUAUUAUUAUCUUCAAUAACAUUGUGGGGGCCGCGUAGCACUCGGGAUGCUGUUAGUUUAGUUAUUGCAGCAGUUGGCUUAAUUCUCACAUUCGUAUCUUACAUCAGGAUAUAUUUAACUGUUCGACGGCACAAGAAUCAGAUACAGUCCAUACAAAUACGAGGUGAAGCUCAGUCUGAUGCGAUGAAAAACUUUGCUGCCCGCAUUAAAUCUACAGUUGGUAUAUUCUACGUCUAUAUCUUAUUUAUGAUUUGUUUUCUGCCUUCCCUAAUUAGCUCGGCUGCCAUCAGAAUCUUUGGCUCGAGCAUCGUUUUGAAAAGAUUUCAUCUUCUUUCAGUGACUCUGAUCUAUCUUAAUUCAUCUUUGAACCCUGUCAUUUACUGCUGGAAGAUGAGACACGUUAGACACGCUAUCUUAAACAUACUACAAAACAUGUUUCGGAGUAGAAAUGAACCAUCUCGUUGAAUCAAGUGUUGUCUAUGUUGAUAACUAAACCCUUGCCUGUGGCUUACAAGAAGUUGCAGUUUGCAGACUGUUCUUGACAAAGCAAACGGUGGGAAAAAAGGCGAGUAUUGUGUACUUAUAUGGUGCAGCAGCAACCCGACAUUUGUGUAUAAAACAAAAUACAAAUUGAUCGGGAAUAAGACUAAGAGAUUUACUGAACAGUAGUGCUA